AUGCCGAAACCAAGUCGCAAGCUCAAGCCUCAGAGCUCACGAGCUUCAUCCCAACCGCCGCCACCUCGUGCAGCGUCAUUCAAUCCCUCUAUCCCUUCAACUCCCAUCUCUGGAAAUAUGCCCUCCUCGCAGGUAUCAAAGAAGCGUUCCCUCGAGGAAGAUAACGAACGUGUCUUCGAAACACCACCUCGUGCAAACAAAAGACUCGCGAUAAGCAGUGAGGGACAACGAACACCAACCAGAUCCAUUCAACUCUCAGAAGCUAGUUCUCCGCACACACCGUUCGACAUUUCAUCUGGUGAAAGCUCCGAUUCCGACUGUAAGAUCCAGAAAGUACAGCCAUCGCCAAGCCCGAAGCGCAAGCUUGUCGCCGCCAGUCCACGAGCUCGCCCUGCUAAGAAAGCGAAAGUUGAAAACCAACCCGCCACUCAACAGGGCUUCGCUUCUAUUAAAGCGUCUGCCCUUGCCACUGCUACAGCAUCGUCUAAGCCAAAAAAGACAGUCGCUCGUCGGCGUCAAACAGCUUUUGUGCCCCCUCAUCCAGCUCUAUCCAGCCUGACAUCGAGCACUACCGCAGACUUAAGCCACAGCAGCUCUGUGCCACCCAAGCGCACCCCUACCAAAGAAACACAACAGAAACAAAACACCCCCCGUGAAAGCGUUGCCCCCCAAAGUGGCGACGAGUCCGAUUGCUUCAUCGAGAAAGUUUUACCUUCUCCUAAGAGACGCCAGCAGCUCAUCCAGCAAAAGGCAAAUGUCAAACGACGACGAGUAGGCGACUCAGUCGACACUCCCGUCUUUCUCGAUGCAGAGUAUGCAGACGAGAAUAACGAUUCGGACUGUCAAGUUGUCAAGGUUCAGCCGUCCCCUGUGCAAAGCCUUCAAAUCGAUCUCACUCAGGAGUCUUCUUCAGAUAGUUCUGACUUUUCGGAAGACGAGACAAUCACAAGCGCACAACCAGUUCCACCUACUCCAGUAGAGGAUAGUUCUGAUACCCAGAAGCAACCUCAACCGUCCUCUGAAGGUGAUCAUGAUGAUAACCUUGACCUUCUGAUAAGCUACUGCGAUAAUUACGAGGCCAAUAUUAACAAGCGAACACUGCCAUCCUCCGAUGAAAGCAGUGUAUCUCCCGACUGUGAUCUCACGUUCUUAACCGCACCCGAAUGUCCAUACGACGAUUCUUCAGCAAGGGAAAUCAAGCAGGAAUCCCAUAGCGACAGUGUACUGAAGUCCAUCAAGCAAGAAAGCAGCUUGAGACAAGUCUCAUCUUGUGAAGAAGAUAGCGACGAGGAACAUGACGAGGACCUCAAGUUCAUAAAGCUGGAGAGUACUCCAACCUCCAGGAAGCUGUUCGCAGUCAGACGAGACGAGCCCUCCGGCGACGAUAGCGAGGAAGAAUACCAGGGGCCCGACCUUGGUGAAGACGAGAUCCAUCACGAUACCGAUGAGGACAAAGCUGAAUCUACCACAUCCACACCUAUCUCAUACAACUCCAGUCCUACUGGCAUCGAGGGCUUCACAUCAUCACCGCCUGUGUCAUAUCAGCUCCCGCUAGAAAUCGUCUCUCCGAAAGUCGCCACUCCAUUGCUUGGUGAUAAUGACUCAACCAUGAGUAUGAAAGAUAUGCCUGGGAGCAUGAAGACCCAUCCCGCUCGCUCGGUGUACAACCCUGAAAAACGCCUUUCAUCGUUGGCUUAUGAACUUCAGCCGGUUUAUAGUGGCGAGAAGCUUUUACUGAGCCACACUCCUGGUACACCAUCACCUUUCCGCCCCCAUCAUCGAGAUGCGCUUAUCGGCCUCAAAGGGAUUCUCAAGAGAUCUGUCGGACAACGAGGGCACGAUAGUGACAACGAGACGGUGUACUCCCCCUUUCCUGACAUCUCUCCACUCUCUGGAGAUGAAUACCUGGUUUCGUCACCCAGCGAACGAAAUGAGCCUGGGACCAAGAACACCUCGUAUGAGAGGCUAUCACCCCUUGCUGGCACUCCCAACAAAACAUUGACAUUGUCGGAUUUGCGAUCGAAGAACUGGGUGUCGCCUCCGCCUAAAAGCAUCAAUCGACCUGCAACCCCCCUUCCCAAAGGAUCUAAAUGGCUUCAACAAAAGAAAGAUAUGACACGUCUAGCAGUUAUUGCAGACGAUACUGCUGCAACUGACGCGGCCUCUGAUCAAGGGACGCCCUCCAAAGUCCGCAGCAAGCGACCCGUUCGCACCACCCGAAAGCCUAUCAAGACGGAGGAACAAAGUACGACAGAUCUGGAAGAGUCUGAAGAUGAAAUACAGAAAAGACUUGAAGAGCAACAAUUGAAGCCAGUCGUGAACAGCAACUGGACCAAGCCUCCUAACAAAGAGAUGAAGCCUCAAGUUAUUCGAGAUGGUGUUUCAGAGCACGCCAUCAAGCCCACAGUCGCUCUGUUCAAGAAGAAGGUGGCCACUGGCGAGGUGCUUAUCCACAAGAACGACAGCUCGAACCAAAAGUACUGCUGGGACGUCGACUGGAGUGUCCCUGCAUCGUUAACCGAACGUGAGGCACACGCCGUAGCCGCGGAACUGGAACGUAGGGGUAUCAAGACCGACACGCAAUACAGCAACUUUUGGUACAAUCUUACAAUGAAGUGCUCAAAGCUAGUCGGCUCACCAGUCCCACUGUUCACGGCAAAGAAAAAGGCUCUCGACAUCUUUGUCAAAGAAGCAAUGCGAAAUCAUGAGUUCAAAAAAGGAGCCGACCACCGAAAGGCCAUGAAAGCGCAAAAGAAGAAGCUGAAGCGCGAGAAAAAGAACAGACUGCUUCAAGGAGUGGAAGCAUUUCUCAUCCCAGGCGACACAGAUAACGAGAGCGAGUCUGAGGACUCCGAUUCCGACGGAGAAGAUCUGAUCGCCAAGAUGCAUGCAGAUGCAGUGAAGCAUCAAAAGUUAUCUACAGGGGGAACAAGCUGUGGACGUCGAAGGAAUUCAGAAGCGAUCGACAUACGAUGA